AUGGCCCAGCUAUUUUGCACGCCGCUGCCAGCUGGUCGUGCAUUUCGGGGCAUUGCUACGCCAGUUUGCUCUACGUUGGGUGCUGCGAUAAGGUGCCGUGGCACUGGCCAGGCGUUGUCGAGCCAGGCCCAGACCUGCGGCAGGAGCUCGUUUGCAGGGCCUGGAAACCGCUGUGGUCGCAUCCUUGUCAGAGCCUACGAGCAAGGCAGCAGUGGACCCUCGCGGGACCCUAGCUUGGACGGUUUCGUUGAAGUAAAAGUGGACCAGGUUCGGCUUGGUCAGGGAAAUGCCGUGGUGUAUCUGCGCAUCCUGGACGGUCGUGAGCGCGUGCUCCCAGUGCAUAUUGGCGAGAACGAGAGUAAUGCACUAUUGAAGGAGAUUAAUAAGCAGCGGCAGAUGCGUCCGCUUACGCAUGACGUGAUGAAGAACAUCCUUAAGGAAAUCAAAUUUCGUGUUGUUAAAAUCCGGAUCACCGACAUUGUAGCGAACACCUACUACGCCCGGAUUCAUUUGGCCCGCGUAAACGACGCGACCGGGUUGCCCGACCCGGGAACGGAGGUGGAUGUGGACGCCCGGCCCAGCGACGCCAUCAACCUGGCGGUUCGAUUUGGGUCGCCCAUGUACGUCGCCAAGAAGAUCGCAGAUACGGCAGGGACGCCGUACCCGGACCAGCCCGUCACCACCACCAGUGAAACGAAUACGGAGAUUGUACGGUCGGUACGGGAGACAAUGGCCAGCUUUGAGGACCCUACUGUCAUGUACACCCUCCAGAAGGACCUGGCCGUGAAGGAGGAGCGGUUCGAGGACGCCCACCAGAUGCAGCAGCUCAUCUACCACGAGAUGACUCACAACGCGCUGCUGCGGCUGCGGUGCCUUGGAAGAUAGCAGCAUAGGCGGCAAGCGGGGGUGGGGGGAGGUGCAGGGAGGGAGGUCUGACACGAAGAGGAGUAUAUAAUUGAAGGUGUAGUAACCUUUUUUCGCGUCCCUGUGUGUGUAUGUGUGAGACGGUGUGUUGUUUCCGCUGCACGCAUGUAUGUAUGUAUGUAGGGCCGCACGUGUGUUCGUUGCUCUACAGUUGCUGUAUGUAACACUAAGUUCAGUUCAGCUGGUUGCUCUGAGGGAGGUUGUUGUGUAAUGCCAUGCAGUAGGGACAUCCGAAACGGAAGGGGGCGAAGGAAAUGAAGUAAGAGUAAAAGAAGAAGACUUGCCAUGAAGGCUUUGCGAGCUGAGGAGGAACAAAAGACGUUUUUCUCAAAUGCGGCCGGCCGGCGGUGAAAGGCGGGAGAGCGCCUCGCCUUGCUUCUUGCGGGCAGAGGGCCUUACCCCCGGUUUUACUAGUGUCGACAUUUUUUUGUCUUUGCUGCAGCAGCGCAGCCCCCUCGACCUGACUUUUGAACCCCGGAGGGGAGUCUUCCGUACAUUUCGUUUUUAGUUGGUUUGCGUUUUCAUCGGUUAGCUCGUUGGUUGUUGGCGAGGGAGGACCAACUGCACACGGUGUGGGCGUCGAUGCGCAAUGGCUGGUGGGAAGUUAAGAGGCAGGGGGUUCGUACACACACACACACAGAGACACACACACGGGGUGUACGGCGCGUCUUGGGGUCCCUCGCCCCCCCCCCCGCCUGACCACAUCCGUGUCUCUCGCGGGUGGGCAAAAAGUCUUAAAUUGCUGUUAAGUGUCGCACAGCGGGGGAGUCCCUGCUUUUAUGCUUUUAAGCACUUUCGCCGUGCUUCUAUCACCGACGCCGGCACGCCGUCGGGCAGUGUGGGUUCCUUUCCCUUCCUCCUGUAUUUCAUAUACUUGGGUGCGGUGUCUAAGCCGCUGCUGCUGCGUGGCUUCAUGUGCUGUGUGCUGCACGUUGCUUUUGUGUUCUAUGCUUUUAAUUGCAAGGUUGGCAGCGAAGGGCAAACGAAGGGCAAAGGCGCAAAAAGGCAAAAAGCAAGAGGAAGGGAAAUGAUCAUCAUCCCUUUCGGAGGUCUGAGGUGUAUUUUUGUUAUCGUCUUUGUCUGCUUGUGCAUGUACGGCAACGGGACGAGAGUAUUGUGCGAUAACCUACCUAACCUACCCAGGUCACGUGUCAGUGCAGCGGUGGUGGUGGUGACGGGUUGAGGAGUCGUGCCCUGUGUAGGAGAGCCACACACCCAUCCAUACCUUAGGUAGCUUACGGUUUUUGCGACCUAUUGGUGCGUGGGGCUGUGCGCGGGAACGGUUUCGUGUCAACCGACACUGUCCUGGUGUCAGCUCGUAUCCUAUCCUACUGUAUUGAAAUUUUGACAUGUGUGUACGACACCACUCGGGGGGGGGCGGAACCUAAACCUCGUGACAGGCAAUCACCCGGCUGCUGCCUGGGCUGCCGUGUGUCGGGCCGGCGGGGUUGCCCUGCGCGCCCAAGUGUGUCUGUAUGUGUGUAUGUCCCAGUGUUUGCGGGGCGGGAGGGCCAGGGUGAGAAAGGUGGGGGGUGAUUGGGGACUCACCGGUAAGGAUGGUGGGGUGAUGUGGACACCCUCGAGCCUACUUACUGUACACCAUUGUACACAAAUGAAAUUGAGAAUUACU